GGUAUCAUCAUGUCUCAGCAUUUUCUUGCCUUGCUCCUAAUUGCACUUGCACUAAACGGCGGAUUAACAAUUGGCCAGGAAUGCAGGAAUUGUGAAAAGAAAAUCGACGCCUUGUCCGGAGUGGUAAACGGUUUAGUGAAAUCAGUAGAAAAUUUGAGAUGGCUUUCGCAGUUGAAUGGUGAAAUAAUUGCUCAACUCAGUUUUAACGGAAAGCUUGUGGGACAGAACCUUUCGGCAGUGCAGCAGGAUCUCCGGCAACUACUGGCAGGCCAGCUUUCCAUCAUAUCCGAUCAGAAGUUAGUGCUGGAGAGCCUAACGAACACCUCACGCGAGACUAAGUACACAUCUUGCGUGGAUCUACGUUCCCAGCCAUCUGGAAUCUAUGAAAUACGACCGGAAAAUCCGUUCAAGGAACCCUACAAGGUGUUGUGUGAUCAAGAUUAUGAAUCAGGUGGAUGGCUAGUCAUUCAACAUCGCUACGAAGGAUCGACCAACUUCUAUCGCAACUGGAAGCAGUAUAAAAAUGGAUUCGGUAAUUUGGAUGGCGAGUUCUGGCUUGGUCUCGAUCGAAUUCACGAGCUGACAACGUCGAAGCCACAUGAACUCGUGGUGCUUUUGGAGGAUUACGAUGGCAACAAAACUUACGCCAAGUACGAUCUGUUCGAGAUCGGUGGAGAAAGUCAGCUGUAUGAGUUGACGAACAUAACUGGCUACACGGGAUCUGCUGGCGAUUCUCUAAGUGGCGAGAAGGGUAUGAAGUUCUCUACUCUUGAUUCGGACAACGACAGUUGGAGCGGAAAUUGUGCAGUAACAUACACCGGAGCGUGGUGGUACGGCUCUUGUCACAGAAGCAAUCUAAAUGGAAAGUACCUACAAGGAGAAACUCAUGAAUAUGCCACCGGAAUGGUUUGGUAUUCUUUCAGAGGGUACCAUUAUUCGCUGAAAUCAGCCAAAAUGAUGAUUAGACCACGAGCUUAGCUUUGCGGAGGGCAGAGUUUCGCGCAAAUAAUUAUGUAACGAUCAGAAGCGAUUUACAAUAAAAAAUAAU